GCCUCUGCCGGCUGGCGCUGGCGAGACAGUGGUGGCUCGGCCUGUAGGUUUGGAGACCCAGCUUCCUCCUUUCCCAUCGGUGCCUGGCCCUCGAUGCCUGCCAGACUUUUGCCUGUACCAGGGCCCCCGCCUGACCAGCCUCCCACUCCAGACUGAUUGGGGAGUCGGGGGCUGAACUGUUUGGGGGCCUGGUACCAAUGCACUGCCGGGCCUUUCGGAGCCUGGCAGGAGCCCUCUUUACCCUCCUGUGCGUGGGACUCCUGUCUCUACGAUACUACUCAAGCUUGUCCUUGCGGAUGGCACAGGACACACUCAGACUUAACCAACCGAACCCAGGGUCCCUGGAACUGCAGCUGGGCGACAUCUUCAUCGCAGUCAAGACUACCUGGGCCUUUCAUCGCUCCCGCCUAGACCUGCUGCUUGACACGUGGGUCUCCAGGACCAGGCAACAGACCUUCAUCUUCACGGACAGCCCAGAUGAAAACCUCCAGGAGAGACUGGGUUCCCACCUUGUGGUCACCAACUGUUCUGCAGAGCAUAGUCACCCUGCUCUAUCUUGCAAGAUGGCUGCAGAGUUCGAUGCCUUCUUGGCCAGUGGGCUCAGGUGGUUCUGUCAUGUGGAUGAUGACAACUAUGUGAACCCCAGGGCACUGUUACAGCUGUUGAAGACAUUCCCGCGGGACCUUGAUGUCUAUGUAGGCAAGCCCAGCCUGAACCGGCCCAUCCACGCCUCUGAGCUGCAAGCAAAAAACCGCACGAAGCUGGUACAGUUCUGGUUUGCCACAGGGGGUGCUGGCUUUUGCAUCAGCCGCCAGCUGGCUUUGAAGAUGGUGCCAUGGGCCAGCGGCUCCCACUUCGUGGACACCUCCGCUCUCAUCCAGCUCCCUGACGACUGUACUGUGGGCUAUAUCAUUGAGUGCAAGCUGGGGGGUCACCUGCAGCCCAGCCCCCUUUUCCAUUCACACUUGGAGACCCUGCAGCUGUUGGGGGCUGCCCAGCUUCUGGAGCAGGUUACCCUCAGCUACGGUGUCUUUGAGGGGAAACUGAACAUCAUCAAGCUACAGGGCCCCUUCUCCCAUGAAGAGGACCCCUCCAGAUUUCGCUCCCUCCAUUGUCUCCUCUACCCGGACACACCCUGGUGUCCCCUGGUGGUGGCACUGUGAGCUCUGAACUGCUGGUGAGGUUGAUGGACACUUCUGCCUGACCCCUCCCCCCCAAGUGAUCCUGAGGGCUCCUGGUCUAGUGCCCACUGACAGAUGGUCCCUGGUAGAACCUCUGGGUGACAGCAAAGACCAGGACCUGGACUGUGGUUGGUGUUGAAGGUGUGUCAGGCCAGGCACCUGGUCACACCAUAGAGACUGUGGGGACACUUGAGUUAGGGGUGCUCAGGGUCCUUACUUUCCUGAGAGUGACAUGUGCCCUGACUCUGGCCGUAGUCAUUCCUUGAAGACCAGUACCAUUGGGCCAAAACCAGGGUCUGUGACCUGCAGCUAUGGGACUGGUCUCAGCUGCUCGUGGCUCUCCGUACCUGGCCAUUGGGCCUGAACUUUGGAAGCUCAGCAAAGCCAUAUGGAUCAUGGUGGGUCCCUAUCAAUUGUGACAUACCUUUGGUUUAUUGUCCCAGCCUUUGUUGUGAGAAAUUACCAUAUACUCAGUGGGAACUGAGGAAAGCCAAUUGAGGCUUCUGGAGUAAGUUUCACAGCCCAAGACUCUUUCUUCAUACUGUCAAUGUGGGUGUGAUGGCUGGAUCUGGGGAAGCUCCUUUGCCACCAUGAGGGAAAAGCUGUUCUUUCUGAGAUCUGAUCUGUGAGAAAUUAAACCUUUAUUUAAGUCUC